GGUGGAGGGCUGGGACUGACAGGUGGUGUCACUUGUGACCCCCCCCACGCCACGCCAAGCCGGGAGUCCCGUGCCUAGCCACCGCGUAACGGAGAGGCGAGCAGGCGGAGUGGUAACCGCUGGGGAGUGUGGUGGUGGUGGGGAAGGGGGUGGACUCCUCGGCAUGACGGCUUCUCCGGCGGCACCGCGCAGCCCCGGUGCGCGUGGUCUCGCGGGGUGGCCCGAGCCGGCGGGGAGCGCGCCGCCACCGCCGCCCUGCAGCAGCAGCAGCGGCGGUGGCUUCGGCGGCAUCGACAGCUCCCUGUCGACGCCGGACUGCAACGCGCUGCGUGCCAAAGCGGAGCAUUCGUUCUUCCUCUAUUACUACUACAGGAUGGAGGACGAGGCCGUGCUGGACCGAGGCGCCUUGUGCCGCAAGCACACCGUGGACGAGGAGGACGUGGAAGGUCACCACGCGGUGUACAUCGGGGUGCACGUGCCCUGCGGCCAGCACAGACGACGGCGGCGCCGGCGAAGGACGAGCCGAGACGCCGACGCCUCGAUCCCGGCCGUCGCCUCCGAGACGCACGCGAACGGCGUCCCGCCGACCCUCCACGGCGUGACGGCUGCCCUCGCGUCUCCCGCGCAACAGCGGCUCCAUCAGCACGAGGCGGCCGCCGUGAGGACGAGCGUGACCCCGUCGCCGGAGGGUCCCGCGGGGCCUCCGCCGCUGCCAUCGCCGCCGGCGCAGGCCCACGACGGCGGCGGAGUCGGCGCGGCCUUCCCCAGGAACGGCGACGUCUUGCGGCCGCUGAGCGUCUCGGAGGAGUACCGCCGGACGGGUGAGGACGGCACCGCAGCCGCGAUGGGCACGUGGCAGGGGGGCGAAGGGCGGGCUCUCUCUCGGGCGUCGCUCGCGAAAGUUGUUGCCGGGUUCGCGUUGGGCGGGGAUUCAAUCGCGGCGCAGGGCAUUGACCGUGGUAGUUAUUUUGAGCUCAGGACAUUACGUAAAACGUGUUCAACGAUCAUAAUAGAGUAAGAUUU